AUGCCGUCCUCUACAAUCGCGAACGUGGCAGACGUUGUCGCACGCCUACCUUACCAUCGCCAUCUGUUGGGUGUUGUCCGGCGUUGUUACCAUUCCCAUUGGCACGUACACCAAGCUGAAGUCAUACCAUUCGGUCAACAAAUGUCGGGAGGUGUGGACGAUGUUCUUCUCUCUCUUAUUUCCUACCAACUCCACCACUUUCUCCUCCUUUUCUUCUUCUUCCAAAUAUUAGCAUUCAUCAAUUCGUUAGUUCUUUUCUUGAAAAUCAUAUUUACCGUCUUUUUUCUUUUAUCUUUCUUUUCCUUUAUUUCUUCUCUUCCAAUGUUCAUUAUUUUUUUUUUUUUACAUACAUUCUUUAUUCUUUUAUUUAUUGUCUUCCGUUCAUUUUUCAUCAUUUUUAUUAUUUUUACAUUCUAUUCCUUUUCAAUGACCUUCCUCCUGUCUUUCCAAUGUACUGAAUUUUCUUCUCAUUUUAUCCUACUAUUUUCUUUUAUUCUUAUAUUCCUUAACUUUAUGUUUACGACCUUCCCAUCUUCCGUUUUAUUUACUUGCGUUCUUUGUUCGUCCUGUCUUUGUUUCGUUCUUCUCUCUUUCCCAUCUUUUCUUUCUUUUUACUUUUCUCUCUUCACUGGAGGUUUCUCUUCCAGAAAGUUUUCUUUUUUAUAUUCAUUCUUCCUUCAUUCCUUACUUCUUCCUGUUAUCUUUUUUGUCUUUCUUUUUCCGUCUCUCUUCUUUCUACCGACAAAUUUUUGCAUUUCUCGCUUUCUUUAA